AUGCCGGCACUAUGGGAAGAAAAGGCCGCUGCGCGAAGGCAGACCUUACACAGCCAGAUUCCCCAAGAAUGGCUCAUGUCAAUUCCGUCCCCUGAUGAAAUGACCUGCGUCGUAGGCCAAGCGCUGUUACCUCAACUCUUGACACCAUUAGAGGACGAGAUUAUCCAAUCUCCAACGGCGAGGGUCAUCGAGCGCCUGCAGCGCGGCGAGUGGACGGCCGAGGCCACCGUCACUGCGUUUUGCAAACGCGCGGCGGUCGCACAUCAAGCACUGAACUGCGCCACCGAUCUCGUCUUCACGGAGGCGCUCGCCACGGCGCGCGAGUAUGAUGCAUUCUUCAGGUCGACGGGGAGAACCAGGGGACCGCUACACGGCCUCCCCGUGUCCAUCAAGGACGUGUUCGAUGUCGCGGGCCGCAUCACGAGCUGCGGCCUUGUGUCGCGCCUGGAUCGUGUCGCGCAGAACGACGCCCUGCUCGUGGCGAUACUCAGAGACGCCGGGGCGAUCCCGUUCGUCAAGACCAAUCUGUCGCAGGCGUGCCUGCUUGUGGAGUCCAUCAACAACAUCUACGGGACCGUCAUGAACCCGUGGAACAGACACCUCAGCGCCGGGGGAAGUUCCGGUGGCGAGGCUGCCCUGGUCGUGUUCAGGGGGUCGCCGUUGGGCGUUGGCACCGACGGCGGCGGCUCGCUUCGCUUGCCGGCCGCGUGGAAUGGCGUCUACACGCUCAAGCCGACGUCGACCAGAAUCCCGGGCUACGGAAGCGGUGCAGGGUAUUCCGACAGCGUCGCGGCUGGUUACGGACCCUUUGCCAAUGAUCUGGACACGAUCGCGAUAUUCUUCAAGACCGUGCUUUCGGCCAAGCCCUGGCUCAGGGAUCCAUCUAUUGUUCCGAUACCGUGGAACUCCAAUGUGAUUGUUGGUCCAAAGCUCAGGCUUGGCUUGCUGCUUGAAGACGGUGUGGUGCAUUUCUCACCUCCAGUACUGCGUAUCCUGCGUGCGGCAGCGGCGAAACUUAAAGAAGCCGGUCAUGAAUUACUCGUGCUAGGGCCUGAAUGGGCCGAGAUGCACCGCCGGGGCGCAGACAUCGCCUUCCGGAUGUAUACGCAAGAGGGAGGUAUUGGCAUACGUGAGGAGCUGGAGAAGUCAGGAGAGCCGCUCGUUCCACGCGUAUGUACGGGCUGGUCCGAGACGCCCCUGACCCCUCUCGAGAUAUGGGUCAACCACCGGGCCCGAAAGAAGUUGCGGGUAACCUACCUUGAGAGGUACAACAGUCUUGACUUAGAUGCCAUCAUUACCGCACCGACACCGCAUCCGGCGCCGCCCCAUGGGGAGUACAUCACGUCUGCGAUAUGUGCUGUUUUCAACGCACUCGAUUUCCCGAGCUGUGUGGUACCAUACGGUCGUGUUGAUCUGACGGCGGACGUGGCGACCCCCGAGUGGUACGCCCAGGAGCCUUACCCGGAUAUGGCCAAUUUCCCCUAUGACCGGUACGAUGUAGACAUGAAGAGACUCUAUACCGGACCAGAGGUUUUUGAGAAUUCACCGCUAGCGCUACAGAUUGUGGCUCCCCCGUACCAGGAAGAGCACUGCGUGGCUGUAUCGCAGGUAAUUGACAGGAUUCUGAAUGAAUAG